AUGAUGUCUGGGCAAGGUUUUGUUGCCACAAUAUCCGGUCAAUGCUACCAAAUCUCCGUGUAUAUCGUUAGCACCUCACACUUCAUCCUACAUGAUCUCUGCAUUGAUUGGCAAACAAAGUAUCGCCAUACGCAGGAUCUCGGUCGGUGCCGAUUCGGCAGACCCAUUAAGCGGGCAUGUGGAGGCGAGACUUUCCAUCCUAGUAAGGAGAACGUCGCAUCGAAGUAUCUGAUUGGAUUUACUAUAAUGUCUCCUCAGAAUAACCCUUAUACGCCCUCGCCGCACAGCGACCAGCCCCCUGCGUCUCAAGAUACUCCAACACAGCAGGUAAACAAUACACAACACGACAACGGAGACAAAUAUUUCUUUCAGCCACCCAUAACCCAUGAGCGACCUCGCCAGACCGGAGAGUUUGGUGGUAUACCAAAGAGGCUGUCAUGUAACUUCUGUCGCAGACGCAAGGUCAAGUGCGACAAAAGAGAUCCAUGCGGCCAGUGCAGCAUCUCAUUUCAAGAUUGCAUCUAUACAGAACGAUCAAAACGCGCCACUAAGAAGAUAAAAUCUUCAUCUGCAUUACAUGCGGCAAAGAAGCUCAAGGUGAAAGAAGGCGAUCAAUCCUGUCCUUCGUCUGCAGUUGGUACAACAGCAGCAUCAGCAUCAGCCUCCAGCCCACCACGGAUCGAAUCCUCACAAGAGCACAUACAGUCCUCGGCCAACAACCCCGCCACCGCCAAGACAGACUCUGAAGAAAUCGGAAAAUGUGCAACAGCGCACCACUUCAUCGAGCAGGGCGAGAUCGAGUUCCACGGCACCUCCGCAGAGAGAACGUUCAUGGAGGAGCUGAUGGAGAAAAUCGGGGACAGCUCCGUGACCCACCCAAGACUCCCCAUCCAUGCAUCUGUCCCAGGGCUCUUUCACAGCGAUGCACGACUCUCUGACGACGUUCCUCUUCCGGCAAGGGAUCAGGCGAUGAGACUUGUCGAAGCUGCUCUUGAUGCACAGGUUUUGUUGCACAUCAUCCAUCGGCCGAGUUUCGACUUUUCCUUCCACAUGAUUUACUCGCUUGAGCCAUCCGAGUAUAGCUUGAAGGAGCGGAGAUUCCUACCCCUUCUCUAUGCGGUUAUUGCCUUUGGGAGCUUGUUUAUCGAUCCGUAUGGGCACCAGCUAGGAUACGAUGAGCUGGUUACAAGAGCGUCACGAUAUUUCAUCAAAAGCAAACAGCUACAAGACAUUGCAAGCUGCAACGACCUCGUCUCCCUACAGGCUAUUGUUUUCAAGAACCUCUUCCUUCUUUACACCACCCGCGCUCCUAUGUGUUACACCUAUCUGUGUACGUCCAUGUCGGUUGCCUUGCGCAUGGGGCUUCAUCGAUCUUUCCACAACACGCAAGACAUCUUGUCUCGGGAAACUAGCAAAAGAGUGUUUUUGGCGUUGAAGCUCCUCUGCUUGGAAGUGUCUACUUGUGUCGGACUCCCGAUUCUGGUCAAUGACGAAGAUUCGGAUCAAGAACUGCCCUUGGAGGUGAAUGACGCUUACAUCCAAUGGGGACGAGCGGCCAAACAGCCACCAAACGAGAUAUGCUAUGCAUCGGGGUCGAUCUGUUAUUUCCGUCUGCAAAAUAUUCUCUACCGAGUCUUGAAAGACGUGUAUCCUCGCAAAGGUCGAGCAAGCGUUGAGACCUGUGGAUCGAUGAACUACGUGGUCAAGGUCGACACCAUCCGGGGGAUCGAGCAAGAUCUGGAGAAAUGGGUCAAGGAGAUACCCCUGGGUUACCGACUAGGUACAUAUUACCAGGAUCGCGCUUUUGUUCUCGCAAUGACUCACUCCUACAUCAACCUUCGUCUUUACAGACCAUUCUUACACUAUGACGUCGAUCAAACAAAACGCCAGAAAAAUAGCGGGCGAUCCCCGUGUGUCUCGGCUUGUAUCCAAGCGUGCCAGAACAUUAUCGAUCUGUGCCAGGAUGUUUGCAGAUGGGGGUUGAUGACAGAAGCUGCGUGGCCUACCAUUCGGACCUUGACCAGCUGCAUGCUGACACUCUUCUACAUCGCCAUCAUGCAUCAAGACCCAGACGAGGAAGAUGUGGUAUAUAGAACGUUGACCACUGGACGGAAGCUUCUUCAUAUCAUGGAAAAGCGCAGCCACCAAGCUCGUCGCAACGGGACGCUCUUCAAGGCAAGCAAGCAACACCUCUCCAUCAGAUUCGACCAUGUUCGAGAGAAGUUGAUGAAGUACGAGUUGGAAGCGCCUCAUGUCCGUCAAUGCGACCUGUCUUCUGUCAGCGAAGAGUACACCACGCUAUUAGGGGAGAGAGUUUUCACGUUAUCAUCGAAGAGAUACCAGAGGAAUCGUAGCUACAACCCGCUUUUAAACGAGGGAAAUCAGCCAUCACAAUCCAAUAGCGUUCAUGGAGGGCUGAGAGAAGCAAAUUUGCAGCCGCUCAGUGCAGAACACACACAACAGGGCAACAUGCCUCUUAUUCCAACACCCGCCUCCACAACGUUCGAUACCUCGCUCAAGGCCGAAGACUCGCCAGUUUCUGGCCCUGUGGCGGCCUCCAAUGCACCAGGAUCUUUCAUUGCUUCUGCCUCGAGGCCAAUGCAAGGGCACUUUUCCACGGGUGGGCCGACGACGAAUCUACCACAAGACGGGCCUAAUGGAUCCUGGAUGAAUGCCUUCGACCCGAUGACUUCAUCGGGCACGAUGUACAGCCCUAUGAAGGAUUUGCUAGGAAACAUUAGUCCGCCUUUCGACGACAUCAAUGACCUCUCUGAUUUAUGGGAUUGGUUUUAG